AGAAAACAUAAAACAAUCAAGCUCUCUAGAGAGAGAGAGAGAGAGAGAGGUAUCAUGUUAGAGAUUCGCCAGAAAAGAGUGUUGAUGAUUCCUGCGCCGUUCGAAGGCCAUUUACCGUCGAUGAUGAAUUUAGCUUCAUCCCUUUCUUCCCGAGGAUUUUCAAUCACAAUCGUUCGAACCCAGUUCAAUUUCUACGAUAUCUCCGAUCAUUUCCUCGAUCUCCGUUUCUACACUAUCGACGAUGGCUUGUCCGAAUCCGACAUGUCGUCUCUUGGGCUCGUUGACUUUAUCUUGAAGCUAAACUCUGUCUGUGAACCCUUAUUUAAAGAAUUUCUAACACUUCAUGACGAUGUUGACUUCAUCAUUCAUGACGAAUUCGUCUACUUCCCUCGACAAGUUGCAGAAGAUCUGAAUCUGCCGAAGAUGGUCUUUAGUGCUUCUUCCGUAGCUACUUCGAUCAGUCGAUGUUUGCUUAUGGAGAACCAAGAUCAAUGGUUACUUCCUCCGCAAGAAUCUAAACUAGAAGAAUUGGUGCCAGAGUUUCAUCCAUUUCGGUACAAAGAUCUACCGGUGACAGCUCAUGGAUCUAUCGAGAGACUAAUGUUACUUUACAGUAAUGUCAGCAAGAGAGACACAUGUUCUGGUAUAAUACACAACUCUUCGAAUGAUUUAGAGAACUUAUUCACAUCAGCUGCAGAAGACAAGUGGGGUGUUGAGCUAUACUUGGUCGGUCCACUUCAUCUAACCGAUUCCGCAACCUCGUGUCCUAGUUUUUUCGAAGAAGAAAGAAAAUGUCUUGAAUGGCUUGAGAAGCAAGAAACAAACUCGGUUAUCUACAUAAGCAUAGGAAGCUUGGCGAUAACGCAAGAAGAAGAGUUUGUGGAGUUGGCCAUGGGAUUAGUUCAGAGUAACCAACCUUUCUUAUGGGUGAUCCGACCAGGCUCCAUAACCGGAUCAAACUCCUUAGAGUCAUUACCGGAACAGUUCAGACAAGCGGUGACCCAUGACGAGAGAGGUUUUGUAGUGAAUUGGGCUCCACAAAAGGAGGUGCUAGGGCACAGAGCAGUGGGAGGGUUUUGGAACCAUUGUGGAUGGAACUCGAGCUUGGAGAGCAUAAGCUGUGGCAUGCCAAUAAUUUGCAGGCCGUAUUCGGGUGAUCAAAGGGUAAAUACUCGACUUAUGACAAAUGUUUGGGAAACUGCAUUUGAGGUCGAAGGUGAAUUGAGCAGAGGAAUCGUGGAGAUGGCUGUGAAAAAGCUCAUUGUGGGUGAGGAAGGUGAAGAUAUGAGAAAGAGAGCCAUCAUAAUGAAGGAGAAGCUUGAAGCUUCUGUCAGAAUCGGAGGCUCUUCUUAUAGUGCUUUAAACAGAUUGGUUUAUUCAAUCACUAGGAGUUAACCCGCGCUUCGCGCGGAUGUAUACGUCAUUUUUAUAUAAGAAAACUAUUAAAUUUGAUUGUAUAAUUUCAUUAUGUACUAUCUGCCACUGUUUGAAAUAAUUAAUGUUGGUAUGCCUAUGUUUUGUAAUUUGUAAGAGUUAGUUUUUCUUGUAAUAAUAAGGUAUGCGUAGAGUAGGCGAGCUAUGCGUUGAUGUGUACCUUAUGUUAUAUUUUUGUUUAUGUUUUCAGUUGUUGUUAUUG